CUCCCCAAAGUGUGGAGCUGGAGUGCGGGGGAGCGCGGCGGCGGCGGCGGCGGCGGCGCCUCCUCCGCCACCAAACUCCGGGGCUCGGCGGGGCUUGGGGCCACCUCCUCCUUAGCCAGGAGGAACCCUCUCCCGAUAGGUUUCAGCCUGACUUUUCCCUCCCCAUUUCUUUCUUCUUCCUCUCUCUCUUUUUUCCCCAAUACAUUUUUCCUGCCUUCGGACCUCAGACUGCUGCAGCCCGAGCCUUCCCAGGGCUCAGCUCUGGGGCUGCUCAUCCCUCCGGCUGCGAGCACGGACGCGCGCCCAGCGUCGGGGCGAAGAAAAGAAGAAAAACUUGUCGGAGGGGUUUCGCCAUCCCACAGUGACACCCUUCCCGCAAACCCAGACCGUCCGCGGGGGCCACCCUAGGACUGGGGAAAGUUCCUUCCGAACCGACAGCCCUCUUGGAUUUGGACAGGCACCCGCGCUGGCUGAGGAAUUAGAUCUGUUUUGAACCCAGUGGAGCGCGUCGCGGGGGCUCGGAAGUCACCGUCUGCGGGCACCGGGGUGGCGCUGCUUGUGCGGAACGGAGAGUUUGCCAGCCCCAGCUCAAGUGGCCUUUCGUCUCCGCAGUUGUUGUGUGUCUGGGGUGAGGGCUGCGAGUGUCGUGGCAAGUUGUGAAGAGAGACCUGGAGGUCCGGAGAGGACCGCGCUCCCCUCGCGCUCCCUUCUUCCUCUUCCCGGCUCCCGGGUGUGAAGUCCCAGAGAAAUUUACAAAGGCCUCUGCAUCCCGCCGAGACCAGUCUGCAGUGUUCGGCCCCGUUGUCCCCGUUCCCAGCGGGAGCCCCGGGGCACAGGGUGCCGGAGAAGUACUGGCGGGGAAGGGGAGGGAGAUCGCGGCAGCGGCAUGGCGAGGUUCCCGAGGGCCGACCUGGCUGCUGCAGGAGUUGUGUUACUUUGCCACUUUUUAAUGGACCGGUUUCAGUUCGCUGAAGGGAAGCCUGGAAACCAAGUCAACGAUUGGCACUAUCAGGUUGCUCAGACCUUCCCACAAACAGAAGAGGAGGUGGAGGUGGAUUCACAUGCAUUCAGCCACCGGUGGAAAAGGCACUUGGAUUCUCUCAAGGCGGUAGACUCAAACCGAGCCAGCCUGGGCCAAGACUCCCCAGAGCCCAGAGGCUUCACAGACCUGCUCCUGGAUGAUGGGCAGGACAACACCACCCAGAUUGAGGAGGACACAGAUCAUAAUUACUAUAUAUCUCGGAUAUAUGGUCCAUCUGAUUCUGCCAGCCGGGAUUUGUGGGUGAACAUAGACCAAAUGGAAAAGGACAAAGUGAAGAUUCAUGGAAUACUGUCCAAUACUCACCGACAAGCUGCAAGAGUGAAUCUGUCCUUCGAUUUUCCAUUUUAUGGCCAUUUCCUACGUGAAAUCACUGUGGCAACUGGGGGUUUCAUAUACACUGGAGAAGUUGUACAUCGAAUGCUAACAGCCACACAGUACAUCGCACCUUUAAUGGCAAAUUUUGAUCCCAGUGUAUCCAGAAAUUCAACGGUCAGAUAUUUUGAUAAUGGCACAGCGCUUGUUGUCCAGUGGGACCACGUGCAUCUCCAGGAUAAUUACAACCUGGGAAGCUUCACAUUCCAAGCAACCCUCCUCAUGGAUGGACGCAUCAUCUUCGGAUAUAAGGAAAUUCCUGUCUUGGUCACACAGAUAAGUUCGACCAAUCACCCAGUGAAAGUGGGGCUGUCAGAUGCAUUUGUCGUUGUCCACAGGAUCCAACAAAUUCCCAAUGUUCGAAGAAGAACAAUUUAUGAAUACCACCGAGUAGAACUACAAAUGUCAAAAAUCACCAAUAUUUCAGCUGUGGAGAUGACCCCAUUGCCUACGUGUCUCCAGUUUAAUGGUUGUGGCCCCUGUGUAUCCUCUCAGAUUGGCUUCAACUGCAGUUGGUGUAGUAAACUUCAAAGAUGUUCCAGUGGAUUUGAUCGCCAUCGGCAGGACUGGGUAGACAGCGGAUGCCCUGAAGAGUCAAAAGAGAAGCUCUGUGACACCACAGAGCCAGUGGAACGUUCUACUCAAACCACCACCCUACGAGCAACAAGCACACAAUUCAGGGUCCUGACGACCACCAGAAGAGCAGCGACACCCCGGCUGCCCACCAGCCUGCCCACAGAAGAUGAUACCAAGAUAGCUCUACAUCUAAAAGAUAAUGGAGCCUCUACAGAUGACAGUGCAGCCGAGAAGAAAGGGGGAACCCUUCCUGCCGGCCUCAUCGUUGGAAUUCUCAUCCUGGUCCUCAUUAUAGCCGCAGCCAUUCUUGUGACAGUCUAUAUGUAUCACCAUCCGACGUCAGCAGCCAGCAUCUUCUUUAUUGAGAGACGCCCAAGCAGAUGGCCUGCGAUGAAGUUUCGAAGAGGGUCUGGCCAUCCUGCCUAUGCUGAAGUUGAACCAGUUGGAGAGAAAGAAGGUUUUAUUGUAUCAGAGCAGUGCUAAAAUUUCUAGGACAGAACAGCACCAGUGCUGGCUUACAGGUGUUAAGACUAAAAAUUAGCCUAUACCUUUAAGACACACACACACACACACACACACACACGCACACGCGCACACACACACACACACACACACACACACACACAGGAGCCCUAAGCUGCUGUAGUCAGAAGGAGAUGAGAUUUCUGGACAAGCCCAGCCCAGGAAGGGUUAAAAAAAUAAAAACCCUAAAACUUAUAGAGGAUACCCGUUACCACUGAACAUAGACUUCCCUAGUGGAAUGACCUCUAUAGUUCACUCAGCACAUCUCCUGUGGACUUCUCAGAAAUAUGACAAGAUUACAAUGCUGUUGGCUUAAGGUGCAGGGUUGCAAAGGGAUCAAGACAAAAAAUAAUAAAGCUUUAGUUCACGAGGGAUCUACACCUUGGUUCAAAUAUUCUUCUCUGGUAACUGUGUUCCGCAGCCUGAACCCAUUCACUCAAAAGAGCAAUGAUGAAUAUUUCAGUUUGCCGAGAAAAGGAGCUGAUGCAGGAGCAAAAACAAACACAAAAUAAGAGGUUUUUCUGUCUUUUCACCAGACAUGUGGCUAAAGGGUUUUGUUUUUCUGGUCUAGACCCACCUGUUCCAACAAGUUCAUCACUUUACAGGAUGAAUCUUUUACCUGUCCUGGAGGUUCCGACUCCGCCUCCCUCUUCCUUGUUCUGGUUGCCCACUCUAUGAGCAGUGACAGAAUCGCAGCCUUUUAGCUGAGCGUGAGGAAGGAGGGAGAGGCAAAGGAGGCUUCUGGUUCCCCUGCCUCAGAGUUAAACAUCUGAUUUGUUUUAAGAAGCAUCGCCUCCACCGCCCACUGUGAAGUCCUAUGAAGCCACAGGUGCUCUUGGCUGAAGGAAACAAAAGGAAACAAUCCGAAGAGUUCCUUAAUUGUUUUUGAAACAAAAAUGUUAAGGGAUUCUAAACACAUGGGGUUUUUGUUUUCGCUUUUUACUUUUUGCCGUUUCAGUCCGAAAGGCCCAUUUCAUUGUCGAUUCCAAUCUAAGAAGGCAUUCAAGGCAGCACAUCCCUGGCGAUAAAAAGAAGGAAAGAACCCUGCUGAAUCAUACAGUAAUUUUCUUUAAAGCACAUAGUAGUUACAUAAAUAUAUAUAUAAAUAUAUUUUUGUUUAUAACUAACACAAGGCAGGCUCUUGUGACUCAGUGCAUUUUGUCAUCAAGACAAAACAAAUGCGAGAUGCAUUACUGCAUACUUCCAUAGAGUUGUAAAAUAAUCCUUAAUAUUAGAAUAUUUUUAUGUCACUUAGCGGAAGUGGUUCAAUUAGUUGCAGUGCCGAUCAUUUUCCUGCCUAUUUGAUCCGCUCUCCCACUCAUAUCAACCCCUUCCCUCCCUGGUGAAAUAAAGCAGAUGCAAAAAGCUCCUUAGAUGGAUCUGUCAUUUGCCCCAUAAUCACAGGCCAGAUUUUGAAACCUCCCCAUGAAUGAAGACAGGAAAGUCAUCCCUGGAGGAGGAAAGUGGUUAAUAUAUAUACUGAGCUCCUAAAGUUUAAAUUCAGGUACUGUGUGUACAAUUUCAUCAACAUCUCGACCCAUGAAACUUACGUCUUGUGCCAAGAAGCUAUUGGUUUCUGUAGGGUACCGUGUCCAACAUUUGCAGAUUCAGGUAUCAAGAAGCAGAGAUGUCUCGUAAGCAGCACUUUACUACCCACUUAGCAUCUAUACACGUGUCUACAUCGAAUGACAUCAGUCUGCUAACAGAGUAUCCUAUUUUAUCAUCACAAUUGUCUGAUGUAAACUCAUGCCAUUUUCCAUCAAGUAUAUUUUGCUUUACAUUUUUAAGUACCUGAUGAAGGUGAUAAUUUUUUCCUAACCUGCUUAGAUAAUAAUUGCAAAAAAAUUGGCAAGCAAGGUGAUUGAAGGUUGUGAUGACAAUCUCUCUGCUAUAGCUACGUUCAGUUUAUAGGAAAUAACCCAACUUAUUUCUUGUGGAGUAGGUUUGGUCAGUUAGCAAUAACCAAAUGACUUGCCAAUGUAACUGGUGCAACGGGUACUCUACAAAGACAUAAGGAACACAUAGACGAUUCCUUCUAGGAUAAGAUGAUGCUUCUUUCACUGGCUUUUGUGUUAGGUGUGGCUUCCAAUAGGGGAUGAUUGACAGUUAUAUAAGUCGUGCAUAUAUAUAUAUAUAUAUAUCCAACUCCUUUUGCAAUUCUUUGAAGUAGUAAUGUUAUCUUUAUUCCUUUCGAAGCUCAUCUUCCAUUUUCGAUUCAAAAGCAUCGACAAUUCUGUAAAAUAACGUAAAACUCUGAAUUGUUCAAUGAACUAGAGCACCCAGUAAUAGGGAAAACUUUUCAGAAGUAAAAAGGCUGCUGAAGUGUGGAAAAACUUCCCAACCAAACCCGAAGUUAAAGGUGGUAAGACGUUUCUGUUGUUUAUGAAUCUUUUAGUGGUAAGGAGAAAGGCUGGCUGAAUCCCUUUUUUGCAUGAAACUUUCAUUCUACUCUGUAUCUCUGGUUUGUUCUUUGUGCCCAUUUACUGCAAAGGAAGAGCAGACAUACACAAAGUUUCUGGAAAGUCAGAAUGAACUCUGAUGCUUUGGACUUUACAUAUACUAUGUAUUAGAAAGGGUGCAUCUGUACAUUACUUAAUAUAUUGUGAACAUAGUAGAGAGAGAAUAAAAAUAAUUUUACAAAUUAAGAAUAGCAAAGGAACACAUACAAUGUUCCGGAGAAAUAUAUAAAUGGUGCUACAGAGGAAGUUAGUUAUUUCAUCUUAAUUAUUUGUGAAAACAUUUAGUGAACAGGUAAAGGUACUAAAAGUCAAGAAAAAUAUCUUAAGCCGACACUUGACCACAGUGUUGGUUUGUUUAUGACAGGUUUGGACUUCAAGAUAUGCUAACAACUAGAAAACUAAAGAUGAAUAAUAAAGUACAAUUUAUCCCCCAUUAUUAUUUUAGUUUGAGAUACCUAGGGCAGUUGCUCAUCUCUCUCACAGGGAGCUUCUAGAAUGUGCUGUCCAAUAUUAUACCCAUUCGCCAAGCGUAGCGCUUUAAAUUGAUUAAAAUUCAAUAAAAAUAAAAAUUCGGCUCUCCAGUCACACUAGCCCUAUUUCAAGCACCCAGUAGUUACGUGUGGUUCGUGGCUACCAUAUUGGACAACACAGAACACUCCUGUCAUUGCAGAAAAUUCUACUAGCACUGCUGUAGAGGUCUUUCCUUUCAAGACCCUCCCCUUAAAGAAAAGGAGGAGGAGAAGAAAUAGAUUUGACAGUUCCUGGGCCUACCUAAGUGUUUUUGCUCGCAGAGAGGCAGCGUAGAGUAAUGAAAAGAAUCCCAGCUGACACAGCUUUGAGUCUCCACUAUGUUAUCCUGGGAAAAUCACUUUAACCGCCAUGAGUCUCAAUUUGCAAGUUUGGAAAAUAAAAAUAUUUUUGUCCUGUCUUCCUUGAAAGAUUAUUAUUAUGUAGGUUGACUAAAUGUAUAGACUUUUAAAACUUUAUGUCAACAGAACCCAUACAUAUAAAGCACAUCUGUUAGUCCAGUACCAGCACAGAUUUGUAUUCCAAGGGAAAAAAGUCCAUCAAUCCUAAAAGCAUUCAAAGACAAUCAAAUCAAUACAGUUCUUGAGAAAAUGCCAAAGGAGAAUCCGCUCAAACCACACAGAACUGCUUAAAUUCUUUUUUUCCCAUAUUAAUAUUUUCUUUUAAUAUUUCCUCUGCAUGACAUCAGCCUCAACUAUCCCUCCUCUCCCACAACAAAGUCCCUGUGUGCAUCCUUCCUCUGGCUCAGCUCUUCAUUGUACAGAGCCACUGAGCCUCUCUAGUUCCUUCUGAUUUCCCAGUUUACUCUUCACAACAAAGGGAAUCUCAGGAACUGACCAGCAGGCUUCUCUUUAGAAGAAAGUACCUCAAACAAAUGAUUUCAAAUAUGUGUUUUAUCCCCGUAACAUAAAUGUAAAGGGCUGUCACAUUAAAAUAUAAAAAUAUGUGGAACUUAAUUUUAAAUGUAAAAAUUUGCAAAUGCACACUAUAUGAAAGGAAUAAAAUAAAUUUAAAUGUUGCUAAUAGGUAGAUAAUAUAUAUUCUCAGAUUAGUAUGAUUUAUUAGUUUUGGCAAAAAAAUUCUUAUGUUCUUUCCUCAUUCUGAGGGAGUAUAAAUUUGGUAAUGCCCUUAGUGUCUAUAGCCCAGGGCCAAAAAAAAAGUUUUGCUGGAACCCAUGCCUUGGUGGAAGACACUUCCAAUGAUAAGAAAUUAAUAUUUAAGUAAGACUAACUGAAAAAUAGAUGCUAUGGUUAAGGCUUCUUCCUCCUAUGAAAUGUUAUUUUGCUUUGUAUUUCUUCCAGCAUUUUUUAGAUAUUUUAUUAUGAUGUGUUUUAUUAAUUCCCAAAGAUUGCUCUUGUUUUUACUUUCCCAGCCUCCAGCUUUUAGCAUCCGCAUCUAUAUGCCAGAAUCACUGGAGGUCAUCUAAUCCGACCUCUUCAUUUACAGAUCAGAAAAAUUGAGGCCCAGAGAGAUAUAGUAAUUUUCCCAGCGUCAGAACUGGGUCUUGAACUUAAAACUCCUGACUGGUUGUUUUUGUUCCAGUUCCCUUUGCCUACACCCCUUCGUCAGCAUUUAAGGCCAACCAAGCAGCUUAGCUGGCACACUCUACCUAAGAGCAAAUUGUAUUUGCUAUACUGACUCUCUGUUCUCUCUUAUAUAGAGAACAUUGGACCAAUAUUCCUCCAUCAUGUGGCUGUCUUAAGAAUGGUACCAUUUUAUAACAACCAGUAAUUUCAAGUUCUGGCUAUUUCAGAGUCUUUAUUUGGUUUUGCAUGUCCCUUUCUUUCACUCCUCCCUGUGGCCACCUAAGUUAGCAAUACUAUCUUGUGCCGUAUAAAAUUGUACAGCCUUUGUUUCAUUUCUCCCCAGAUGUACCUGAAAACUAAUAAUCUUCAUAGCAGGUUUUCUUACUAAAUUAUCAUAAUUCAUUUGAACCUAAGAAGCUUUUUUGAGCAAAUAUUAUGAGGUCUGUGGCAUGAUAUAUUAUAUACUCCUAUUUCCUUGUGUUUGUAGAGCACUUUACAUUUUACAGAGCACUUUGAUUCAUUUCUUUAUUUGUUCAUUCAUUCAACCAGCCAAUUCACUUAAAUAUUUGUUGAGCACCUACCAGAACCAAGUUCCUGUGCUAGAUCUUGUGAUAUACAGUGAUAAAUACAAACAAUAAGAGAUCAGGCAUGUCCACUGAUAAUUGUAAUAUGGUGAAAUCCUCAAACACAACUUUGCAAAUUGAUAGGAUCACUAUUACUCUAUCCAAUUUCCAGUUCCAAUUUCUAUUCUACUUAGAUAGGGAACUCUCAAGUGUUGGCCUGAGGAACGUUUCUGAAAUAUGAUACAUCACUGCCCAUCUCUGCUGUUUGCUCUGUUUCAAAGGAUGUGUUAAUUUCAUUUAUAAGAGGAACAGUUGCUCAACCAAAAUUGUCCCAGACCCAGGAGGACUUUCUAGGUCACUUAAAUUCUUCCUGAUCAGGUGUUAUAACAGUUCACUAUCUUACUCUAAUAUUUCUGUUGUGGCUUUGUGAAUUAUCAGCAUCAUCAUUUCAAGGUCUUCCAGAAGCACCAGUAGAUCAAAGAAACAUUUGCACUUUAGGUGUGUGUGGUUGUUUGUCAUUCAUUAGACUGUCUCAGGUUUUCUCAACCUCAGCACUGUUGACAUUUUGGGCCCCCUAAUUCUCGAUGGGGGAUGGGCUGGUGGGAGUGGUCCCUUGCAUUGUAGGGCGUUUGGCAGCUUACAGGCUUCUGUUGACUGCAUGCCAGUAGCUCACAUACACACACACACCCCAGCUGUGAAAACGAAAGAUGUCUCCAGACAUUGCCAAAUAUCCUCUGGGGUGAGAUUGGGAAAACUACUGAAUUAUCUAAUGAAUAAAAUAUAUCAGGAGGAAAAAAGAAACGUUUCUCUUUCUCUUGUCACUUAAUCUUCAUUAUAGAUAGGUUUUUUAGUUAAUAAUAAGACAGCAUCAGAAACUCUUUGAAUUAGAAGGGACUAUAAAAGUCACUAGUUCAACCACAACCCAACAUCAUCUUUGUCUAUUUCUCCAUCUCUCAGUUUUACAAAUGUAUUGAGAAAUCAGAAGAUUGGUUAUCUCUGGAACUUAGGAAUUUACUUUCUCAUGGCGAGAGAUAAGGCUGUUUGGUGUUUUUACUUUGCCCUGAAAUCGCUGCUGCAAUGAUUUUUGCUUCAGUUGGGGACUUGGUGUCAUACAACUUCAGUAUCUCAGAGACUUGGAGGAGUUUUCUUUUGGUUAUUUCACAUGUCUACAGAUCUUGCUCCAACAUCCUGCUUUCAAAAUGUGCAUAGAAGUUGAUGUUUGGUACAUCUAAUUUUAAGUAUAUCUGCAUGAGCUUUCUAUUUCUUCUUUUUCUUGAGUUUUCUAUCUCUGAUAUUGAUUUUUUAUUGCCUCUCUCUGGGAAAAAAAUUUGACUGUCCCAAGUAAUCAAAAGUUGGAAAUGUCCAAAUGUCUAAAUAUGUCAAGCCAAAGUUCCUGCUGAUUUAAUGUGCCUUAUUUCAGCUUUCCUGUAAUUUCCUAUAAAUAACCCUGUGUUUGUACUUGUGUCUGUGCUGCACCAAUUGGAAAACUUGGUGAAGUUAUAAAAGACAACCCCUUAAGAGUAUCUUAGAAAUAACAACAAACCCCCAACUGGAAUACAGGUCUCCCUCUACUCCUUUGCUAAAAGACCAACCCAGACUUUGGAAACAUUCUUAAUUAUUUGCUACAAGUUGCUAAUAUGCACACAGGACUAAAAGCCUUGAUUAGGAAGUCCAAGGCUAUAAAAUAUUGACAAGCACAUCCAGAGUGACCUCUCCCAAGACCAUCACAGAAAUCAGAAAACUCCAACCGAGGAGAUCCUCAAGUGUGUAUGUGAAUUCCUUCUCUACCACUGUCAUACCAGACACUACGGUAACACUUAAGGCUUUGAUUAAGUUGAUCUUCCAAUUUCAACUUAAAUUGCAAUGUAUCUGCCUAAUUAAUGCCUGGCAUACCUUUUAAACCAUCCAAUUAUUGCAAAGCAGUAAGAUGAUAAUUGUUCAAGUAAAAUAGCCUAAAUUCUUGAAUCGAUUCUCCAUACAGAGUUAUGGAGCUCAUCAUCAUUGGCUUUUCAGUGUUAAUUCUUGUUAAUUUCCAGAUACUGUCCACACUGAAAGAGUCUAUGUUCUUUAAAUUCAGAAUAAAAAGCUGGAAAAAAAUUAAUGCAAAUCAUAUGCUGGUGCUCAUCUUUUUCUAAUUUCUACGAUUUAUUAACAUUUGAGAAUUACUUUAAUAAAAAAAGCCUCUCCUAAUGGAAUAAAGUAAAAAAAUUUUGCCUUGGCAGAAAGAUAGUGAUAUAUUCAUUUUGAUUCCAGUUGAAAAACCUCAGUGACUUCUCUCAUUACCACUGGAGUAUUGAUUUUUUUUUUUUUUUAAAGUCUGGCUCUUCCCUAGCAUUACAAAUAUAUAUAUAUAUAUAUUCAUGACCAAAAUAUCACUUACUAAUCAUGCAGCUGUAAACCUUUCGUGCCUAUCAAAUAGAUACAUAGCAUGAAACUAAUUUUAGACGUUUGUUAUGUGGGAAGAGGUAUAGGAGUGGGUGGAUGGGAAUGAUUCAUGGGAAAAGUAAAGAUCAAAAUAUGCUAUCAAGCAGAAUUUUCAACUUCUUCAGAGCAAUGUGCAAAUAAAUAUUCAAUGAAGACCACCUCAAAUUUAAGUGGUCCAGACAUUGAGACACUGGGGCACAGAUCCUGUAAGUUAUGCUAAGAAACAUAUGACAUCCAGAAGGUAAAGUUGCCCUCAUUUAAGCUAAAACUCAGCCAUCAUCCACCUGUACCUCUUCUAGGGCUCCAAUCCUAAAAUCAUUAAGGCUUUCGCUCUAGAGAAUUGGGUUACUUAUGUGCAAGUAAUGACCAAAAAGAGACUUUUUGCUUAUCCCCCUCUGACUUACAAGGCAUGACCAUGUUCUUUGAAUCCCUUAUACCAGAGACCAUGAGACAGCCAACCACACACAGGGAAUAAAAUACAAUAAAAAAUAUAAAUAAUUUUCCUGAGGAAAAGAUAAGAAAGAGUACUGUAAUCUGUAGACCCGGAGCUGGAUCUCUGUGAAGUUUAACCAUCUUGGGACCCAGACUCCAUCCUAUUGUCUAGACUUUGUGGUCAUGCCUAAGCAACCAUUUUAAAGCUAGUUUGAACAAAAAUAUACUCGAGUGUUAUAGUUUUAGCAGGGAAAUAAAAACUCAUAUGAAAUGUCUUCCACCAGGCUGCUCUGAGAAUACCAUCAAGUGAAAUCAGAGCUUCCCUUGCUGAAAAAUGUUAAAAUCAUUUUCGGGAAAUGAAUUAAGUUUCUUUAGACACAAACACUUUGUGUUUAUUAGAACUAAAUCUCAGGGCCCUAGCUCAGAAGGGGGAAGUCUUUUCAUUGGUUGGUCAAAACAAAUCUCUCAUUUGCCUCAUUUGAGGCAUUUGGACAGUGCCUGGGAAGUACAUUAUUUUCAGGGGGAAAAAGAAACAGCCUUUUUUUUGCAUGCCAGCUGGGAUCAUGGGAACUUCCAGUGCCAGGAAUUUACUACUGUUUCUGGUAAUUCUGCCUGUAGUCAAUUGAAACGUUGAAGGGUGAAAGGAGGAGAAGCCGGGCACCCGGAGGGCUGUCUGUGUUUCAGGCCAGUUGGACCAGCGCAGAGAAUAUUUGUAAAUGCAUUUCGAAGUGGAUAUAAUUGUAGCCUUUGUCAGAAUCACAAAGCUCUCUGUGGAGCUGCUGAAAGAGAACACUGGGGGGAAAAUCCGACCCUCUACACCCAGUCACCCCAAACAAAAGGGAAGACGGUGGGUGAGCCCGUCACAUUGCGAGUUUGUUUCUGUUUUCCACAGCCCUGGACUUCAAAUCAAGGACACGUCUGCCAGGUGAAGGUUAAUUUUGCUGAGGUUUUCCAAAACUUCAUUUAAUACUUGGAAAACUGAGCAUUUUGAAUUUACUCCAGUCCUCCGGGCAUCAUUCCUAUUUCCUUUGCCAUGUCAAUGAGACAUCGGAGACCACAUUUUUUCAUGGUAAAAUAAUGUUCGCAUACUUCAUGAUGACCUCAUGCUUGACAUACCUGAACCUGCAAAUGUAAAAACGAUUGUAUCUGAAUUUGCACUGAUGGUGUCUGAUAGCAGAAGACCUUUACUGGAAUCCUCUAAGUUCGAAAAUUCAGAUGCUACAUACUUCUGCAAGCUUCUUGAUUAUUUUCACUGUAAGAUUAAUUAUCUAAGUUUGAAUGUAUUUCCUUACAGUCUAUUAAUUUGCCAUCUGUCUUUUACUUGGGGAUCAUUAUGAUUGCAAUAAUUCAUUAAAGUUCUCCUCACACAGCUUCUUAAACCAAGUUUUUCUGCAUUUCUUCUGCUUACAGUAUGUGGGGAAUCUUGUUUUGUUUUGGUUUUUUUCCUAGUAAUAAUUUUGUAAGAAAGCCAGGGUAUCGACUGCCAUGGUGACACAAUUCAUCUUUUAAGGUCUGGAAGCUGGUGGUGACCAAAUGCUAUGUGUGUUCUCUCUGUCAAUUGCAAUUUUCAGAAUUAAAUCAUGUUUUCUUUCACUUUCAGUUGGAGUUAACACGUCUGGGAUUUUUAGAAGGGGGAGAAGGGAGCAAUUUGUGUAAUACUGCUGUCAUAUUUGACUACAUAUUAAAAACAAUAAAUGAUCAUUUUGUUUUAAUUUCUUAAA